AUGGCCAGGAAAACAAAACCAUCCAGCAAUGCAACGAAACAGAGAACCACGGCCUCUCACAAUUCUCCAGUGCCUCCUUCACCACAGAUAGACCUGUCUUCGACAGACAAGCGACCUAGAUCCAUUGUCGCAACAUUGACUGACACACGGGUGCAAAGGGCACUACAACUUGUUCUCCUUGCGGCCCUAUAUGCUCCGCUAUCCCAGUUGAACCUAUCGCCUGUCUACGGAGACAUACCAGCGGCUUUGUACCAUCGAUAUGGCCUCACUGCUUCCUUCAUGCUUGCCUUCGCGGUCCGAGGUUACCUCCCAUCCUGGGUUGCACGGUUCAUCACCCCGUUUUGUUUCUGGAUCCCAAGCAUCCAAUUCAUCCUCUUCAGAUUCAGUUCGACUCUCGGUAAUCCGCUAGGUCCUCUGAUUACCGAGCUUCUGACUUGUUAUCCUCUUGCUUUGUUGUCCACAUACUUUGCGAUGCAAUACCUUGACGAAACCUUCAGCUCCGGCCGUUUGGACUCGUCGUUGGGAGAGGCUGUGCCAUCGAUGGGAUUGUUCAUGCUCUUCUCCGUCCUUCACAGAGCUUGCAAAGGAUUCGUCUCGUCACUUCUCGGACGUGGUUUUCUUACUUCACGGAUCGGAAUGCAGCUGGUAGUGGCUUCGCUAUAUGGAAUGGUCCUGCCCAACAGCUUUCUGUGGCCCUCACUCCCGUCGGUUGCUUUUACCAUGGUGGCAAACCCCCACUGCUCCCUUUCACGGACUACCGAGGUGCUCAAUAACACCCUGGCGCUCUACAAUUAUACCUUACUGGAACGGAAAGAGUCGAUCACAGGCUAUAUUUCAGUCUUGGAGGACAACCAGAGAGGGUUCCGUGUGAUGAGGUGUGAUCACAGCCUCCUAGGCGGACAAUGGAAGCUUCCGCCCUCCAAGAGGGUCCAGAGAAGAGUUGCGGAACCCAUCUAUUCCGUCUUCGUGAUGCUUGAAGCUGUACGACUUGUUGAGGGCACAUCUCCCAGCCCAUACAAAACCGCCCUGAACAUCGGCCUCGGAGUCGGAACCGCACCCGCGGCCUUGAUUCAGCAUGGGGUGAAUACAACCGUCAUGGAACUUGAUCCGGUCGUCCAUGACUUCGCCGUCAAGUACUUCAACUUUCCCCAUAAUCAUACUUAUUAUCUCGGCGACGCCGUCCACGCGGUCACUACAGCGAACACGACUGAGGCAGACUCAUACGAUUACAUUAUUCACGACGUCUUCACUGGUGGAGCUGAGCCUGUGGAACUCUUCACCGUUGAAUUUCUCUCGGGUUUGCAUAUGCUUUUGAAACCAGAUGGAGUCAUAGCCAUCAACUACGCAGGAGAUCUCGCAAUGCCUGCAUCCUCGCUCAUCUAUCGGACAAUCACAUCAGUCUUCCCUUCCUGCCGAGUUUUCAGGGAAGACGAAGCACCCACGCCAGGGGCCAACGCAGUCGACUUCACGAAUAUGGUUUUCUUCUGCACGAAGAGGCAGGCAGCGAUCACAUUUCGGAAACCCGUUACAGCAGAUUUUCUGGGGAGUGGUGCCCGGCAGGAGUUUUUGGUGCCGCAACACGAGAUCAGCCCCGAUGAAUUUGAUAAAGAGGGCGCGGUUCUCAGGAGAGGACAGACGAAAGAACUCGAGAAAUGGCAAUCGCAAAGUGCAUUGGGCCACUGGACGGUCAUGAGAACAGUAUUGCCAGAUGUUAUUUGGGAGAACUGGUGA